AUGGCCGGCGACCCUCCUCAAGACCCACUGUCCUUCCCGCAGCAGCAGGAUCAGCUCCAACUGCCCGUUCAGCCUGCACUCCGAUCCUUUCCUUCCGAACUGGACAUCGCCACAGCAUUGCAGGAACCUCCCGAAGAAGCCGAGUCGGAUCCGCUCCUCUCGACUCAACUGGCCGCUCGGAGAGCGACGCUCGAAGCGCCCGCUCCCAUCAUGUUGGCCCCUCAGCCGGCGCCAGCACCGAACAGUGCCGUUGACGCUGCCCUUCCUCCCUCGGCACCGGCUUCCACGACGACAUUUGCCGAUGACAACACCCACGAUUCGACCAAAUUUACGAGUGGUCUGGACUCCUCGCCCUUGACGUCCCAUACGAUUCACCAGAUCUCCCGUUCGUCUGGCAACGACCCCACGACUGAUCAUUCGGUAGAAGCUAUCGGCCAGGGCACGCCCGUUGGUCUCGAAUUCCUCCUGCUCAGUGGAAAGAGGAUGAGGUUAUCGAUCGGGGACAAGACGACGAUCCAAAAGACGCGAGAGAUCCUUUGGCAACGAUGGCCGCCAGGUGAGUGUUGAGCGUGGGUAUGUUUCUUUCAAGCUCGGGGGAACAGACUGAUCCGAGCACUCGUCGUCUUCUCGAACAGAAUGGAGUGGACCGGAGGAAUUGCCGCCUUCGACACAGAGUCUGAGAUUGUGAGUACAUGUGGCCUGGUGCGGGUUGUGGCGAGCCGUGCUGACGCUGACCACCGCUUGACUGUAAAUCAGGCUCUAUCUCGGCAAAAUCUUGGAGGACGACAAAACUCUUUCGAGUACGUGCCAGUGGUGAUGCCGAUCCCCUAAACUUGCGAAGAUGUCACUGACUUGUUUUGUUUUUGUAGCUUACGGUAUCGGUAGCUCGGAGGGUGCCAAUCCUACCGUCCUGCACGUCAACGUCCGCCCGCUGUCGGUCAGCAAGUCCGAGAGAUCACGUGAGUUCAGUCACAGGAAGAAUAGAGCUUCUCCUCGUCGUGUCUGACCUUAGGGGAAACCAUCUCCAUUGCAGUCGCAGUGAAGAAAGAAGAUAGAUCUGACGGUUGCUGCGGAUGUCUCAUCGCGUGA